AUGGGCAAGAAAGGCAAGAAGAGCCACGUUUUCGCACCUAAGAAGACCAAGUCGAAGAACGUCCCCGCUUCUAAGAGCGCGCCGGGGCCGUCGCCGUUGAUGAGCAUCGAGGAUAUCAAAGCGAUGAUCGAGGACCCGCAGGUGUUGAUGACGGCAAGUAUUGACACUAUCGCGGAGGCCCGCGCCACACUCCUUCCUAUUGGCGACUCUGCUUCGGGCUCUCAGCUGGCGGAAAGCAACCUCGAGCAGGUGUUGGAAGUUCCCGACAAUGUGUCCGAAAAGGUCCCCCUGGACGAGGCUGGUAACGAGGGAGCUAUGACGCCGGCGAUCUCUGGGAAAGUGGUAGUGCAGAAGAUGACAGAGGCACGGUCACACGACACGGGAGAGCCCUCAGCAGCGGAACAAAUAGCUGCCGUUAUGGGCCUCUCUUCUAUUACGUCUACGAAUUCACCAUCCCGAAGCCAGGAGACGUUCCUUCAUCUCAAAAAUAACAAGGAUCCAGUCGGCAAUGCCCAAGAGUCCGAAUCGAUGCAACCUCCAUCUCUGCAGCCGAACGAACAGGGCAUCGGCAGCGCCAAAGAUCAAGCAGAAGGGAACACCGCAAAUAGCCCCAAGCUCUGGCAAGGCGUCUCCAGCGAGAACCAUCUUGGUUUCAAGUUUGACUUCAGAGCGCCUCUUCCUUCGCGGCGUGUCAAAAUGGCUCGGGGCCGUUCCCGAGGCUGGAGCACCUGCAUAGAAGAUCGGACCAAAUCCCUGUUGACAAACAACUCCGCGCAUCUGUUCGAGCGGGGAGAUGGGCUCGAUGCGGUAUCCGCAAUGCCGUCACCAUCGCUGCCGACUCCCGAAACUGGAUCCUUGCCCAAUAGCCGAGUCGAACACCAGGUUGAGCCGAACGACGCUUCGCCGAAUGCUGAAGAAUCAUCCACUGGCGAGGAGGCAAUAGGCACUCUCCCAUCACCUGCUUUGACGGAUGAGCCACUACACACGCUUGAUCCGCCAAUGAGCAAGGCCCCCUUGAGCUAUUGCACCUACACUGCUCCCGCCCCGAGUCCGGUCACCCCUUCGCCCAAGAAGCAGCUCGUUGGCUGUGAAACCCCGGUACCACCGCCGAAGCCUGCCGAGAACGCUCGUCUCGACGACCACAGCACUUCUUCGCCCUUGAAGCCGACCGCUUUGAAGAAGGAAGUCCAGCCAGACGCUCGAGCGACCACAUCACUCUUAAGGCCAAGCCGCGAUACCAAUAUGGCAACCACGCCUCGAGCACGCAUCACAGCGACACCCAAGUUCCCCGCAAAGUCCGUUCUGAAACCCACGGCCGAUGCCAAAGAUGCUACAAAGUACUCGAAGCUAACUAUGGAGACUCCGUUGAAAGAUAGCGGAAAUCGGCCUCCUAUGCCAUCCUCCAACCCGCAGCGUGGACUACCAUCGUUCGCUCGGCCUACCGCAGCAUCGGCGAGUCGGAAGGAGAACAUAAAGCCCACGCCUGCCUACAACGCGCAUGGCAGCCUGAACUCUAGCCCGCAUACUACUCGCAAGCCGUCCUUAAAUGGCAUAUUCAACAAGAAGCCCACCGCGAAGUGGUCGAUACCAGCGCCCAAACCCCCGGCCCCGCCGCAUACCCCAGACACAGCCAUGAAGAACACUAGCGGUGAGACAGCUAUUAAGCCUGAUCCCAACCCGACGCGACCAAUAAACAACGUCGUCUCCGCCGACGGAAGCUCGCAGAAGCUGACCACCCGCACGUCGACAUCAACGAAGAUGGCCUCGCUGGCAGACAUGCUACCCACUCCAUCCCCCUCCCGGACCCCCACACCCUCCCAGGCAUCCCCAUCCCCAAAGACCAAAGCCCUCCAAGCCAUCAGCUUUGAGAUGGACACCACGCUGCUCGGCACGACUUCUUUCAGCGCCUUCAUCGCGAACGUAACCCCGAGCAGCGAGGACAAAGUCACUCGGGCCGCGGCUGCAAAAGCGUUUAUGCUCUGCGUCGCGCGGGAAUGCGCUCUGAAGAAGGACGAUACUGAGUCGUCGAACCAGAGCACGGACCAGCAUAUCGAUGCGGCUAUGGCGGAGCGCUGGCUCGAUCCUGUUGUGAGGCGGCGGGCGAAGCUAGGGGCGGUCUCUCUUGCGGAGUUUGAGGAGAGUUUGCGGUUUAGCCGUGGGGAAGUGGCGUAUGGAGAUCUGUGGGAGGCUUGGAAGAUGGCGGCUGCCCGGAAGGAAGAGUUGAAGCGGCCUGCGGUUGAGGUGGGCGCUACUGGGCCUGUGAAGCGUUAG